AUGCCGCGAUUAAGCUCUUCUAAAGUACUUGCAAAAGCCUCUAAGGCCAGAAUAUCAGAAUAUCUAUCUAUAUGUCGACGUCAAUUUCCCUCUCAAUCCCUCUGUCACUCUCAAUCUCUUAAUCUCUCUCAAUCUCUCUCUCACUCUCAAUCUAUCAAUUUUCCUCUCGAUCGCUCGAUCGCUCGAUCGCUCUAUCUCUUAAUCUCUCUCAAUCUCUCUCUCACUCUCAAUCUCUCAAUCUCUCUCUCACUCUCACUCUAUCAAUUUCCCUCUCAAUGGCUCUCUCACUUUUCCCUCUCAAUCGCUCUCUCAAUCCCAAUCGCUCUCUCACCCUCUCGAUCGCUCUCUCACUCUCAAUCUAUCAAUCUCUCUCUCUCAAUCGCUCUCUCUCUCACUCUCAAUCUAUCAAUUUCCCUCUCAAUCGCUCUCUCCAUCUCAAUCUCUCAAUCCCUCUCACUCACAAUCUAUCACUCUCCCUCUCUUUCUCAAUAUUAUUUUUAA